GAUUCUUCCAAUGAUACUUCAAACAACAAUGUGGAACAUGUUGAAAAUGUUAAGUUUGAUAUGGCUUUGGCAGAUUCGAAAUAUAUCAACCCAAUGAGAAUGCACUAUAUGAGAAAAGGACAUCAGCUCGUCUGGGACUUUGCACUUGAAUACGACAGCGUUUCCGUUCUCCUCUACCAUUUGGAAAGAAAAGAAUUAUUGCUUGUCAAACAGUUUAGACCACCUGUUUUUAUUCACGCGGUCAGAGAAAAGGCAGAAAAUGUUGAAAAGUCUUUAAAUGAGAUUGAAUGGAGUAAAUAUCCAAUUGAGUUGGGCGAGACGUUGGAACUUUGUGCUGGAUUAAUUGAUAAACCAGGAACUUCCACAUUGGAUCACAUCCAUCAAGAAAUUAUGGAGGAAUGUGGCUAUAAUGUGCCUACAAACUUAAUUCAACCAAUAAAACGUUAUGUGACUGGUGUUUCUACUUCUGGUUCCACACAACAUUUGUUUUAUGCAGAGAUUAACGAGUCAAUGCGCGUGUCAGAUGGUGGCGGUAAUCCUUCUGAAGGAGAAUUUAUCAAAAAAGUUUUUAUGAAGCCGGAAGAAGCAGCCAAAUUCCGUUCUGAUAUAAACAUUGCUAUAGCGCCACCUUCACUUUUAUUUGCUUUAACUUGGUGGCUAAAUGAACGGCGUCCUGCUUCUUAGGAUUUUGAAGGUUUAAUUAAUGUUGUAAUGUCCAAUUUUUUUGAGGAUUUUAGUUUGGGCUGUCCAAGAUCGGUUAUUAACCUUUUUCCAAAUUUUAGGACUCCAGGGACUAUAUUUAAAAAAAGUGUUGUCCUGGGUUGAUAAGGAUUAACUCUAACGUUGGGGUUUUAUUACCUGACUGACAAUGCUUAAAAGAACCUGGUAAACUCUCCAAGGUACUCUUACCUCGUUUUCCAUAUUUUAAAACUCCAUUUAUCUUUUUUGGGUUUUCAACGGUUUCGGUUAUUCAUAAAACCGAUUUUGUUUUGGAGGAGUUUUUACAAGAUUUUUAUUUAGUUUUUACAAGACAUUUUAUUGUCAGUACUGGC